AUGUCGCAAGAGCCCCCCGAGGAGCAGGCCAGUCCGCUGCCCACAACGCGCCGCGCCUGGGUCCUGACCGCCGGCAACGUCGCGAACAUGAAGCUCGAGACGCAGCCGAUGCCCGCUCCCGGAGACGGCGAAGUCCUCGUCGCGGUCGAGGCCAUCGGCCUCAACUUCGCCGACGUCUUCUCCGUCCUGGGCCUGUACGGCGCCACCCCAGAAGGCGCCUUCACGCCGGGUUUGGAGUUCGCCGGGAGCGUCGUGAGCGCACGCGGCGACGUGCCGUUCCGGCCGGGCGACCGCGUGAUGGGCUGCACGCGCUUCGGCGCGUACGCCGACUACGUCGUCUCCCCCGCAGCGCUCCUGCGACCCAUUCCUGACUCAUGGUCUGUGGCGCAGGGCGCCGCCUGUCUCGUGCAGGCCCUGACCAUGUACUACGCGCUCGUCGCGCUGGGCGGUCUCCGUGCGGGCCACGCCGUGAUGGUCCACAGCCUCGCGGGCGGGUGCGGGCAGUGGGCGGCCAAGAUAUGUCGGCACGUGGGGGCUGUGGUGUCGGGGACAGUGGGGAGCGAGGCGAAGAAAGCGGGGCUGCUGGAGCAGCUGCCGUGGCUGCAGCCGUGGCAGGUCGUGGUCCGGGAGACCCCGCGGGAGUUCGGGGCGCAGCUGGACGGCGUGCUGAGUCAGGCUGGUGCCGAGGGGUUCGAUGUGGUGCUAGACGCGGUGCUGGGGGGGUGGAUGCAGCCCGGGUUCGACAGAGUGGCCAAGGGCGGCAGGUACGUCGUGUACGGCGCUGCGGACAUGACGCCCAAGGGCGGGAAGCCUGGCUGGAUUCGUCUGGCGUGGCAGUACCUCACGCGGCCACGCAUCGACCCGCUCGCGCUGCCAGGACAAAACCGCAGCGUCAUGGGGUUCAAUCUUAUUUGGAUGUUUGACAAAGUGGACGAACUCGGCCGAAUGGUGGACGAACUGCUCGCGAUGGACCUCGCACCGGCCGAGAUCGGCGUGACCAUGCCGUUCGAGGACGCCCCUGCGGCCAUCGCGAAGCUGCAGUCGGGGCAGACGACGGGCAAGGUGGUGCUGACAGUCCGUCGAGAGGGUUGA